AUGACCAAGUUGAACAUCAUCCUCAGCUUCGCCGCCGCCGCCGCGCUGGCACUCGCCACCUUCGAUGGUGUCAACGCCGCCAGCCUCCGAUCGGUCGACGCCGACAGUUUCCUGGGCAGCUUCGACGCCAGCACGGACGCCAGCGACAGCGGUGCGGGCGAGCGCUUCCUGUUCGAGAUGGAGGGGAGCGAGAGCGCCGACACCGACGUUGAUGCGGAGGGCAGCGAGAGUCUUGACGGCGAGCGGUUCCUGCUGGAAGUGGAGAGCGGUGACGAUAGUGCCGCCGAUGAUGAGGGAAGUGAGAGCUUCGCCGGCGAACGCUUCCUGCAGGCAGUUGACAGCGGUGACGACAGCGCAGCGACUGACGAGGGAAGUGAGAGCCUUGACGGCGAACGGUUCCUGCAGGAGAUCGACGGCAGCGACGAAAGUGCCGGUGACGACGAGGGCAGUGAGAGCGUCGACGGAGAACGGUUCCUGCAGGAGAUCGACGGCAGCGACGAAAGUGCCGGUGACGACGAGGGAAGCGAAAGCGUCGAUGGUGAGCGGUUCCUCCAGGAAGUCGAGGGCAGUGAGAGCGCAGACGUCGACACCAGCAGCAACAGUGUCGACGGCGAGCGCUUCUUGCAGGAGGCCGAGGGCAGUGAGAGCGCCGAGACCGAUGACAGCAGCGAGAGCUUUGACGGUGAGCGCUUCCUACUUGAAGUCGAAGGAAGCGAGGGUUCUGAGGCCGAUGACAGCAGUGCGAGUCUUGAUAGCGAACGCUUCCUGACCGAAGUCGAUGCGGAGGGUAGCGAGAGUGCUGAGGAUGAGGGCAGUGACAGCACCGAAGGCGAGCGCUUCUUGGCCGAGGUGGAGGGCAGCGAGAGUGCUGAGGAUGAAGGCAGC